UUCAUUUCCGGGUCUUGUAGGCCCUCUCGCGCCAAGCAAAGAGUUCUCCAUUAGCAGAUGGAUCAUAGAGGCAGUCAGAGAACCUGUUCCUCUUUGACUCUUCAGUCAGUGGACAUGUCCGGAGUUCAGGAUCACGCAGGUUUGUGCAGACAGCUCGCUGCAGAUCCUGCAGGAGACCCACAGCCCGGAUAUGAAGAGGAGCUCCUCCGCCAAAGACAGCAGCUCAGUGGGAUCUCAUCAGCUGGAAUAAAGCUGCAGGGUUCAGUGUUUCCUGCAGACGUCCAGCAGCUGUCAGUGAAUGAAGAAGAGCCUCCCGAGCAGCAGGAGUGGAGCCCCGGUCUGGACCAGGAGGACACUAAGCUUCCACACAUUAAAGAGGAACAGGAGGAACUCUGGAGCAGCCAGGAGGAAGAGCCAUUCUUUAUCGUCUCUGUGAAGAGUGAGGAUGAUGAAGAGGAACCUCAGGCCUCACAGCUUCAUCAAAUACAAACUGUGAAAACAGACGCUGAUGGCGAGGACCGGGAAGGACCAGAACCCGAUAGCAACUCAGAUCCAGGGACACGUUUUCAACCGGAGAUCGAGGUCAAGACUGAAGACUCUUCUGAGCCUGAGACUGAAGACAGCGAUGACGAUUGGAAGGAGGCUGUAUAUCAUCAGCCAGGUUUAAUCUUUAUGGAACACAUAACAGAUGUGAGACCAACAAAUGAGAAACCGUUCGGCUGCUCUCAGUGCGGGAAAACCUUCAAAAGAAACGCACAUCUAACGGAACACAUGAUGAUUCACUCAGGAGAGAAACCCUUCAGCUGCUCUGAGUGUGAUAGAAGCUUUUACAGUAAAGGAAAUCUGACCCAACACAUGUUGGUUCACACGGGAGAGAAACCAUUUGGCUGCUCUAAGUGUGGGAAAAGAUUCACCCAGAAAGGAAGUCUGACCACACACAUGAUCAUCCACACGGGAGAAAAACAAUUUGUCUGUCCCGAGUGUGAUAAAAGCUUUUAUUGUAAAGGAAAUCUGACCCAACAUAUGUUGGUCCACAGCGGAGAGAAACCCUUCAGCUGCUCGGAGUGUGCGAAACGAUUCACCCAGAAAGCCAACCUCACCAAACACAUGUCACUUCACAGAGGAGAGAAAGCCUUCAGCUGCUCCGUGUGCGCUAAAAGAUUUUCACAGAAAGCAGCUCUUACCAAACACACGUCUGUGCACAGAGGAGAGGAGGCGUAUACCUGCUGCGUGUGUGGGAAGACAUUUAAACGGAGGAUUUGUCUGAACAAACACCUGAAAGCUCACACACAAGAGAGAGCUUUAACCUCGCCUGAGUGUGGAGAAAACAGUGGAAUGUCAAAGUUUCAGGAUCUUAAAGAUUUAUUCAAACAGAGACUCCUCGCUGCUGCGACCCGCAGAGGAAGCGAAGAGGAGCGGAAGAGAAAACUGCUGGUGGUGAUUUUUACUCCUGGAACAAAACAACAAGGAGUAUUUCCUGCAGACGUCCAGCAGCUGUCAGUGAAUGAAGAAGAGUCACUCGAGCAGGAGGAGAGGAGCACCAGCCUGGACCAGGAGGACACUAAACCCCUGCUCAUUAAAGAGGAACAGGAGGAGCUCUGGAGCCGUCAGGAGGGAGAGCAGAAUCCAGGACUGAAAGGAGCUGAUAACACAGAGUUCCCUGUGAAGAGGAAAGAUGAUGAAGAGGAACCUCCGUCCUCGCAGAUGGAAACAGAAGCGGAUGGGGAGGACUGUGAGGGGUCAGAACAAGUCAGGAGCUCAGAUCUGGAAGGACAUUUACAAUCAGAGACUGAGGUCAAGAUUGAGGACACUUCUGAACACAUGACACCAAACAUGAAUAAUAAAUCACACAGCUGCUCUCAGUGUGGGAAAACAUUUGACAGAAACUGGUAUUUAAGCAAACACAUGGCGACUCACACGGGAGAGAAACCCUUCAGCUGCCCCACGUGCGGGAGCAGAUUCGCCCAGAAAUACCGCCUGACCCAGCACAUGAUAAUCCACACGGGAGAGAAACCCUUCAGCUGCUCCGAGUGCGGAGAAGGAUUCACACAGAAAGGAAGUCUGAAGAGGCACAUGAUACUUCACACGGGAGAGAAACCCUUCUGCUGCCCCACGUGUGGAAAAAGCUACACGCAGAAGGGACACCUGACCCAACACAUGGUCGUUCACACGGGAGAGAAGGCGUUCAGCUGCUCGGUGUGUGGGAAAAGAUUCACGCAGAAGAAGUAUGUGAGGAAACACAUGGCACAUCACAGAGGGGAGAAACCCUUCAUCAUCCAGAGUGUGUGAGCAACUAUAGAACUCAGGAUGUCAAUCAAUCAAUGAACUGAGUAGAGGAUUGAAUAAAAAAUUCUAAAAUUCAA